GCUGGCGAUCCGUCAUCCGGUAGCUUAACGCAACUGUGAGGCAACAUCGACUGAAGCUACCGUCAACUAGGUUGUGAAGUGCAUCACAAUGAAAGCUAAAAUCUAGCUGGAUAAACAGACAGCCGUCGGGCCUCGUCGUCGUGGCCCAGCAGGACUCGAGUGAAGUUGCGAGCGGACUACCAAACUUCUGCUUCCUCCAAGGCUCUCCGCAGGGCCCGGGGCUCCUGUCACCGGCCCUGUGGAUGAGGAAGUGAAUACAGAUCGAACAAACCCCCAGGAGAAAGGAAUCCCUUUGAUGGGAGAAUCCUCUUUCCUGGCCUCCUGGGUCAAUCACCGUGCCAUGAUGAUGGAUGAGCAGCAGGCGCUGAACUCGAUCAUGCAGGACUUGGCCGAACUCCACCGCUCCAGCCGUCCCGCCAUGUUCCUGUCAGACCUGGGCAAACCUAAAGCCUCCUCGCCCAAGAACCAGAACGACGUCAGAGUGAAGUUCGAGUUCAAAGGGGAGAAGAGGAUCCUGCAGUUCCCUCGUCCUGUCAAGCUGGACGACCUGAGGUCAAAAGCCAAAGUGGCUUUCGGUCAGACGAUGGACCUUCACUACUCCAACAACGAGUUGGUGAUUCCACUGAGCACUCAGGAUGACCUGGACAAGGCCGUGGAGCUGCUGGAUCGCAGCGUUCACAUGAAGAGCCUGAAGAUCCUACUGGUGCUGCAGAGCUGUUCCUCCAGUAUGGACCUAUUGCUGUCCCAUGAAGAACUGGACAACACAGGCUUCAGGGUGGCAGACAAUAAGACUAUGCUGGCUUUGAUAGGCUCCCAUUCCACGGACCGCAGCUCUCCUCCUCCGGGAUAUAUUCCCGACGCUCUGCAGCAGGUGGCGAGGAACGGCUCCUUCACCAGCAUCAACAGCGAGGGAGAGUUCAUCCCCGAGAGCAUGGACCAGAUGCUGGACCCACUGUCUAUGAGCAGCCCGGAGAACUCUGCGUCUGGAAGUUGUCCGUCUUUAGACAGCCCACUGGACAGUGACUACCCAAAGUCCAGGAUGCCUCGAGCACAGAGCUACCCAGACAACCACCAGGACUUUCCAGAGUACGACAACCCAGUGUUUGAGAAGUCAGGGAAAGGGGGGACGUAUCCCCGGAGAUACGGCAUUCCCUUUGGCCUUCAGGACUACAGCGAUGGGAGGAAGACCUUCCCUCGGGCUCGGCGAACGCAAGUUCAUGGUUUCCGCUCCCCGGUCAGCUUCAGUCCCACCGAGCAGUCACCCAGCACCAGCAGCGGCAGCAGUGUCUUCACUCCUGACGUAGAAGAAGCACCGGGGCCAGCCAGGCGACCGCGAAAGGGCAGCGACAUCGAACCUACCCCCAAUCCGACUGCUGCCCCCACCCUCUCUGUCAUGGACAUCAGCCCUCCCAGCCGCUCUCCACGUGCUCCGACCAACUGGCGGCUGGGUAAGCUCCUGGGUCAGGGCGCUUUCGGAAAAGUUUACCUGUGUUAUGAUGCAGAUACUGGACGGGAACUGGCAGUAAAACAGGUUCAGUUUGACCCGGAGAGUCCUGAGACCAGCAAGGAGGUGAGUGCGUUGGAGUGUGAGAUCCAGCUUUUGAAGAACUUGUGCCACGAGCGCAUCGUCCAGUAUUAUGGCUGUCUGCGAGACACGAUGGAGCGAACGCUCUCCAUUUUCAUGGAGUACAUGCCCGGCGGCUCCAUUAAGGACCAGCUGAAGUCAUACGGAGCGCUGACAGAAAACGUGACGCGCCGCUACACCCGGCAGAUCCUGGAGGGCGUUUCCUACCUGCAUAGCAACAUGAUCGUCCACAGGGACAUCAAAGGAGCCAACAUCCUUCGUGACUCGGUGGGUAAUGUGAAGCUGGGAGACUUUGGAGCCAGUCGGCGGUUGCAGACCAUCUGUCUGUCAGGAACAGGCAUCAAGUCGGUGACGGGCACCCCGUACUGGAUGAGCCCGGAGGUGAUCAGUGGAGAGGGCUACGGCAGGAAGGCUGACAUCUGGAGCGUCGGCUGCACCGUUGUGGAGAUGCUGACCCAGCGACCCCCUUGGGCGGAGUUUGAGGCCAUGGCAGCCAUCUUUAAGAUUGCCACCCAGCCCACUAACCCGGUUCUUCCCGCCCAUGUGUCGGACCACUGCCGAGAGUUUCUCAGACGAAUCUUUGUAGAUACCAAGCAGCGGCCAUCUGCUGAUGAGCUACUGAGGCACAUCUUUGUACAUUAACCCGAGCCCUGAACUUCGAACCCCACCUGCCUGUUGAACUGCCAGUCACGGCCUUACCGGAGGGUGCAUCCCUGUGUCUGCCUCCACCUCCUCACAGUGGACCAGGAAGAACUGGCUGGCAGUCAGUGUAGUGUGUUGGCGGGUACCUGCUCCUCCUGUCUCUGUUUGUAUGAGGCUGCCAUAGAGGACACAAACUGUCGUUUUAUUUUUCUCUGCAAGUUGCACCUUAAGUUGUCAGACAGGGAGGGUGGAGCACUUCCUCCUGCUGCAAUGAAAUAGUCUCCUUUUUCAUGUUUGUACUGCUUCUCUUCUCACACAUGUCAGAGUGGGGUCAUGUUGGUGUUGUGGACCUACAGGAGGUGAUGCCUGACUCUGGAGUCCCCCCCCAUCCCAUCCCAUCCCAUCUCACUGACCCGACCCGACCCCAGAAUGUAGUUUCUGCCAAAACCCAGAGCGAUGACGAUGACAGGGGCCCGCUGCUACAGGCUGAACAGUUUCCACUCACCCUCCUUGUCCCUUGUCUUCAUGCUCUGCCUGAUGAAACACUUUGUAUUUCUGCGUGGCGUCUGUGAACAGCCUUCCCUCCUCCUCGUCCCAGUUUUUGCCGUGUGCCUUUUCUGUUUUUAAAUGCAGUGUAGGAAUGGUUCUUGGGAUUGUGGAUGGUCUCCGUUGUUGUUCUCAGUGUUCUGCCUCUUGGGUUAACUGCCUUCACACCGUUAGCCCAGAUGCAGCUAGUCUCAGUUCAGCCAUAAUGUCCGUUUCUGCCUUGAGCAUCAUUUAUCCCACCUCAGCAUGUUUGGUUCAUUUGCCUGCUCUCCCUGGCUGGUAACCAAAUAUCCUUCAGGCUGGUUUAGAGUGAAAUGUUGCUGGUGUACUUCCCUGGUACUCUGACAUGUUUCAGUCUUGGAGCCCUGAUUUUCUUCUUCAAACGCAUCCAUCUCUCCUCUGCUUCUCAAAGCUGUCACUGUGGUCUGAGUGGGAGGAAGCUGCCACCAGAAGGUCAAGUUACUGGUGAACCAGUAUCUCAAAUCAAUGGCUGACUGAUGAGCAGAAUAUUUCAUGAAGCGUGUAACGAGCAGGCCUGGAUGUGCUUUAAACGGCACCACAGCUGGACACACUUCCCGACACAAAGCUUCCAGCAGUGAGAAGCCAGCUCAGUAAAAUCACUGUAGAAUUAACGUGUUUAGUUAGAAGACAAUCUCAGCGAAGAUGAAAUCAGCACGACUGAGAAUGUGAGCUUCUCUCCCAACGUAUGGUGCUUCAGUCUUGUAGCAGAAAGCCAGAGGGCAGCGUUUGAUCAGUGUCAAUCUAGAGCUGCCAGUUGAUUGGCCAGAGGUCUGGCUGUAUGGCGCUGUCCUGCUGCUUCAUUUCCUCGCUGGCCCACUAGCUGCUCAUCAUCUGACCAACAGGUGCUUUUGCAGUAAAAGGCCUCUUCAUUUUUUCAUCCUCAGCAGUGUGCCACAGCAAAGCCCUCUUCUUCAGUCCUGUCCCAUCUUAUAUUCUGUUUUGGUCCAACACAGAAGGUUCACACCUGAAGUCGUUUUUUAGCUUUGUUCCUUUACGCUCCCAAUCAAACGCCUUGACAUCAACUCACCACAUUAGUCAAACCACAAGCGCUCUGUUCUCAUUGCGGUUUCCUCCCUGACCAAGCUUCACUGGUAGUCUGAGUGAUACACUGAGGUUGCUCUGAGCACCAGGCAGCAGCCGUGAUCUUUCUGGGCAGCUCUGGCAGCAGCUAAUCACCUGCUAGUCUGAGUUAAUGCUCCAGAUUAGAGGGUGAUUAGGUGCACACUCAGGACUCCAUUCAUCCUAAUUUGAACUCAUUUGUCUUCAGUAGCCACACCUGGUUCUCCUCAGCCCUCUGAACACCUGGGGCCUUCAUUUGGACCUUAGCAUUUAGCAGCUGCAGAAACCCAAACAGUGUAUUUAUGACACAGCCAUGCAGCGAGGUGGUUUGCAGAAGUCGGAGUUGAUAAAUGCAUAUAAAACCACUUAAAUGUGGCUUUAGGUGUUAAUCAGAUGCUGUGUGCAGGACAAAGCAGCAGCGCUGGUCAGCUGCACCAGUUGGACUUCAGUGAGCGCUGUGAGAGCCCGUUGUCUGUGGGUGAAGCUGGAGUAUUGAUGUCGAGUACACACAGAGUGAAGGUACGGGCUCUUUGUUUAUGGACAUUGACUUACUUUUAAACAUGUUGGUAACACAUGAAACCUGGCCUUAUCUUUGCACAGUUCAGAACAUGAAGCAUAUUGACUCCGUAGCUCACAGUAACAGGUUGAUGUGUUGUCCUGUGUGUGUGUGUAUGUGGUCAGCGCAGACGGCUGUGUACAGCACCGUGUCUGAUGUGUGAGGGCGCCACCGCCCUUCCUUUUACACAGCUGCCCUUUCCACCAGCUCACAGCUACAGUGACACCACUUCCUUCCAUCUGUUUACUGACUGGUGGUGACGCUUGUGGGUUCAGUCUGCAGCUCAGGUUAGAGAGUCAUGGUUUGGAGCUACCUCCUGAGACUGAUGGCCACAUGUAAUGCUCCACAGAAUAGAGAGAGAUGCUGGUAUGAAAUAAUGACUGGAGGGCUUUGCGGAGGACCACUAGAUGUUAGUGAGAUGUUUACUGCUCCCACCUUUUAACAGCAGCAGGAAAGUCCUUUGUUCUUUCGGUCUCACGAAACUAUUACUGAGUGAUAGAGGACGAUUAUUGUGAUUUACCAUUGCUGAUUUACUCUGAAAGCACUUAGACUUGGCUGGAAGACUGGAACCUAUGUUACUCUCUAGUAAAUGCUGUGCUGCAGUCGUGCUCCUGUUAUAGAAAUGUCACUUCUGAAACAAGCUCCUCUUCACUCACAUGAUGAAUUUUCAGAACGGUACGUGUCCAAACAAAGCCUCAGAGAAUUGGCCUCCAGUGGUGAGAGCACCAGUGUCUGUGCAGACUCUGAGGCAGUGUACAAGUGGUAGCUCGACUCUCCACGGUACCCCAGCAGCUGUCACUUGUGCAGCUCGGUUCAGCCACUUUUUCUUUGCACAUUUUAAAGACUUUAUUUGUCCACAGUAUGACUGUGACUGUGUGUUAGUGAUGACUCGCACAUGAAUGUAAUGUCUCCUUUCUACCGCCAGAUGGCCUCGUUCACCACAGCGGAUUAACUGCGGUACCAGUAUUUGUCAGCUGCAAACGCCACCAUACACCUGUAGUUCUGCUCCUGAAUGUGUGUGUGUGUGUGUGUGUGUGUGUUUGUGUGUGAGAGAGAGAGAGAGACUGUGAGUUUAUAAAUGUGCAUUUACUGCAGUUUGCGCUCAUUGGACACUGCACCCGAAAUGCCUUGAGCAUUCAGACUGUAGGGAUGAGAACAUUAAAAUAAGGAAAAAUUGUGUACAGAUGUAUAAAAUGAAAAUGUACCUUUUUUUUAAUGAAAAAUACACUUAUAUCCACAUGUCCGGUUUCUGUGUAUUGUAAAAGAAGCCAUGUUUAUAAUUCUGAUUGGUUUGUGACCAAUGCGCCUGUUUAUAUCAGAUCUGUAUAUCGGUGGUACGCAUAAUUUUUUAAUAUAUAUUUUUUAUUUUUCCUUUUUUUUUUAAAAUGGGAGAUUUUAUGCAUGGUUGGGUCCUGAGUGACACAGCGGUGCCGUCGACCAGGUGCUGCUUUUGGGCAGAGUUCUGGAGUAUUGCAAUAGCUCUGUGUUCAUAAUUACUAUUAUGACUAUGACGAUGGAAACAAUAAAAGA